AUGGCCAAGUCCAAGAACCACACCACACACAACCAGUUCCAUAAAUGGCACAGAAACGGCAUCCAGAAACCCCGGUCACAAAGAUAUGACUCUCUUGAGGGGGUGGACCCCAAAUUCUUGAGGAACAUGCGCUUUGCCAAGAAGCACAACAAGAAAGGCCUGAAGAAGAUGCAAGCAAACAACGCAAAGACAAUGAGUGUGCAAGCAGAGGUCAUCAAGGCCCUUGUGGAGCCUGCAGCUGUUAAACCCAAGAUGCCAAAGGGCCCCAGCCACAAACUCAGGCAUCUGGCUUUCAUCACUCACCCCAAUCUUGGGAAGCAGAUUCAAAGCUAUAUGGCUAAGGGUCGUAGGCUCUGCAAAUCAAAACCCAAGUUUCAAACCAAGGCAGAGGCCACAGCUCCAGCUAAAGGCAUAGUUUUAGCUCCAGCUCAGGCUCCCAAAGGUGCCCAGGCCCCUGUGAAGGCCUUGUAG